AUCGUCUCGGGCCAAGAGUUGGUUCGCGAAAGUAAUUGAACGAAAUCAUGUGGACUUUUCUAAGAUUUUUAGCUGUCCUGGCGGUAAUAAUCGCCGUGACAGACGCAGCAGAUAGUAAGGCCUGGUGGAAGACCGCCUCGUUCUACCAAAUAUAUCCGCGUUCAUUCAAGGACAGCGAUGGUGAUGGCAUUGGUGAUAUAAAGGGUAUUAUGCAACAACUGCCCUAUCUAAAGGAGAUCGGUAUCGAUGCCACCUGGCUUUCGCCAGUAUUCACUUCGCCGAUGGCAGAUUUCGGUUACGAUGUCGCCAACUUCACGGAAAUCGAUCCGAUGUUCGGCACACUGGAGGAUUUCGAAGCGCUCUUGGCAAAAGCGAAAGAGAUUGGAGUGAAAAUCAUAUUGGACUUUGUGCCAAAUCACACGAGUGAUGAAUGUGAGUGGUUUAUUAAGUCAGUGCAGAACGAUCCGGAGUAUCGGGACUUCUAUAUUUGGCAUCCGGGUAAAAAUAAUUCGCGUGUGCCACCAACGAACUGGAUUAGUGUUUUCCGCGGCUCCAUGUGGACGUGGAAUGAAGAGCGGCAGGCAUAUUAUCUGCAUCAAUUUCACGCCAAACAACCCGAUCUUAAUUACAACAAUCCAAAAGUGCGCGAAGCCAUGAAGGACGUGCUGCGUUAUUGGGUGCGCAAAGGUGUUGCCGGUUUUCGUAUUGACGCCGUGCCACAUAUCUACGAAGUGGCCGCCGACGCUGAGGGCAAUUGGCCUGAUGAACCACGUAACCCCAAUGUGAACGAUCCUGAAGACUACGAGUACCUAAAACACAUCUACACCACCAACCAGCCUGGCACGCUCGAUGUUGUCUACGAACUGCGUCAGGUGCUGAAAGAACUGGACGAGGAACUAGGUGGUGAUGAACACGUACUCCUCUCGGAGGCUUAUUCGCCGCUCGACACACUCAUGCUGUAUUAUGGUAAUGGCACCGCAGAGGGUGCACAAAUACCCUUCAAUUUUGAGCUUAUCAGCAAUGUGAACAAAAAUUCGAAUGCCUACGAUUACUCGAAGUUAAUACACAACUGGUUGGACAAGAUGCCUGCUGGACGCGUAGCAAAUUGGGUGCUUGGCAACCAUGAUCAGUCACGCAUUGGCACACGUUUAGGCAAAGAUCGCAUGGACUUGAUUAAUGUGUUACUGAAGACCCUACCUGGCAUUAGUGUCACCUAUCAGGGUGAGGAGAUUGGUAUGACGGACGUCUGGAUUUCCUGGGAGGAAACUGUUGAUCCACAAGGUUGCCAAUCGAACCCCGAUGAGUACGAACGUCUCACUCGCGACCCCGUGCGCACACCUUUCCAGUGGAAUGACGGACACAAGGCCGGUUUCACCGACGGCGAUAAGACCUGGUUGCCCGUGGCAGAUGAUUUCAAGCUGGUGAAUGUUAAACGUGAACGCGGCAUUGCAAACAGUCACCUGAAUAUCUACAAACAAUUGCAACUUUUGCGUGCAACGAGGACAAUGCGCGAAGGCGAAGCCGAAGUAAAACCGAUCAGUCAAAAUGUUCUAGGCAUUAAACGCUUUUUAACUGGCCAGCGCACCUACGUGGUUCUCCUAAAUCUGCAGGACGAUGUAGAGACGAUCAACUUGAAUGCCGCUUUCAGUGAUCUCACGCCGGAAUUGGAGUACGUGUUGGUGACUGGCAAGAGCAUCAGACGCAAGGGGGAUAAGGUCCAUGCAGACACCGUUGUAUUGAUGCCUAAGGAAGCAAUUGUACUCAUCACAGUCUGAUACUUUCUACAUAGCUAUAAUUAGUUUAAGCUUUUAUCUAUUAUUUUUUAUUAAACAUUUAUAUACGACUGAUAAAUAAAUACAUUUUUUGUAACCAGAA